AUGUCUCCCCACAUUGCGAGUUUCUCGGAAGCAGCUGAACUUAUUCGAGCCGUUUUUCCGAAUGUCAAGAAAAGCUUCGAUGUCGGAAAUGGAGCGAGUCCUGGAAGUGGAGCGUCCCCGUCUGCCGGACUUGUUCUGCAAAACUAUCCUCAACGCCGAGAGUCCUUUUUGUACCGUUCGGACUCUGAUUACGACGUAUCGCCCAAAUCCAUGUCACGGAAUUCUUCCAUCGCAAGCGAGAGUUCUGAUGUUCACUGGGAAUCGGUCACCUACAGCGCUUCAAGCGACAUCUAUGUAUGUCAGGUAACAGCUAAGAUGUGGCUUACCAGAUUGCCUGGGAUACGAGUCGUUAGAAGCGCUGCGGGUCGGGAUCGUCCGACUGGAUCGGAGCUGUUCGAUAGCAGUGAAAGAUCCAUAUCUGCUUUUUCAGCUGGAAGUGUUGGCACUCGAUAUCCUCCGCUUUCCCGGUUUCGUGUCAAAAUACCGGAACUGAUAUCAACCUGA